UUUGGAUCAACUGGUUUCCCCCGUCGUGUACACACGAAGCAAUGAGCAUGUAUAUAUAAAAGGGGUCACUCGUGAUCACGCAACAGACAACUCGGGCGACUUGUAAACAGAAUUUCCGGCAUGCAAGCAGCUGACAAUACCCAGUGUGCAGCUGUACACGCUCUUUACAUUUGAUUCUGUCAUUCCAGCACGUUCACUUGUCUGAAAACCCACACAAGUUCGGAGGCCGAGGUGAGGACACAUGGUGAAUGUCGUCCAGUGCCAAGUGUUUCACGUUUCAGGUGUCUUCAGGGAGUCUGAACUUCACAAGAAAAUGUCUGAAGAUGAACGCCACAAAAGAAAAUGAACGCGUUUAAAAUCGGUUACAAAGAUACAAUCAAAAGAAUCGGUGCCAUCGUAUACGAUAAAAGGACAAGACACAUCGCCAUAUUAUUGUGACAAUGUCAGGUUUGCUCAAAAACGUCUUCUGAGCUAUCCAACUAUAAAACGGUUACGAUGUCGCGCCUUGUGUACAAGUGGUCGAUGGUCAAAUUUUACAUCUUGGUGUUCUGCGUUGUCUUACCCGCCCUGUGUCACAGGAUGUACUUCUCUAUCUAUUACAAUCAGUACCUACACAUGAGAGGUACGGACCCGAACACUUACUCUCGGAGAGUCAACGAUGAGCGAAGAAGACAGGCCGAAACGUUUCUUACUUCUAAAAUAAAAGUUGGAUCUCCGAGCGCUCUCUCAUUGGAUACACAGUCCGAUGGUACGAGGGUAGCCGUGGGGUUUGUCACAGUGAACCGGCAGCCAAAAAUGCAGGACGGUAGCGUGUAUAACCCCGGAUACCUCCUCCAAACUGUGGCGGCGAUACUGCAAGAUCAAGAAAAGUCAUCUCUCAGGACCCGUCUUCUCGUUUGUAACGUGGAUUCCGACCCGCUAUCUAAUUCUGAUGCCGUCUUCUUGUCCUCCAUUGUGCCUGUUGUGUCAAAAUACCAAAAGGCAAAUUUGCCGACGAAACCGAUGUCUUUGCCAAGAAGACUUCAGAAAGAAAAGGACGACUACGUUUACUGUUUGAACCAAACACUCGCUUACAAUUCAGAGUAUGUUCUUAUCAUCGAAGACGACACUCUAGCAACACCCGGGACCUUAGAUAUCAUUGAACACAUCAUACGGACUAAGCUCGAAAAGAAAUACCGCGGUUUUGAACUGACAGAAAAUAACUACACAAAAACGAUCAUCAAGCUGUUUUCUCCGCAGUACAUUCAGCGUGACUUCUUCACUACAAAACCGAAACGAAUCGUCAUCAAUAUAUUAGAACUUGUUGGUAUCGGCGUUGUAGGCGCAUCAACUAUUAGUUUUGUACAUUUCCUUAUAGUUCAAACUUGCAGAAAACCCUACGUGUUCUGCAAUAUGUUCUUCGUUGCAAAUUUUGUCUGUUGUAUUCUUGUGGCUGUUGCUAUCUCAAGGCCACAUCGUCUGGAGCUCAGAAGAAUAUCAAAACAAUUGUAUCUCAUGAUUGAUGCCAACGACUGUUGCACGCCAGCAGUUUUGUACCCCAGGGCCGCUGCUAUGGAGUUGAAGGCUCACCUGCAUGCCGACAGGGAACAUGACAGGAUACCAUUGGACGGUGUCAUGGACGAUUUUGUGAGCAGACGCGGGUACAGACAGUUCGCUGUCGAGCCUAAUCUAUUUUCUCACAUAGGACAGCACUCCUCUCUUCACUCCAAUUCAAGACUUAAGUUUCUUCAAAACUUUGUAUAAGGUUGGAGAUCAGCUUUCGAAAUACUGUAUCUUUCUAUAUUAUAGGCAUCCAAUGUAAUUCCAGGGAGGUAAAACUGUAUUUUCAAAAUCAAUUUUAUGGUCAUUCUGUUAAUGUAGUAAGUUAAUUCUAUCCCAUAACUGAUCUGUGUGAGGCAAAAAUGCGAUGCUUGUCUAAAAGAAAGAAAACGUUUGCAUGUUCAAUAGUUUGUAUUUUAGACUGCUUAGCUUAUAAAAUUACAGCUAUUUAGGGGUGGUACCAAAAAAAGAAAGGGACGUCUUACCUAGAUUGUUUCAGUUGGGCUAUUUUAGAUGCCUUAAGUAUGAAAUGAUGACUAAAACGUUCUAAGAAAUGACAGUAAAUGUAAU